CAGGAUCCUACAUUACGAUUCACGAAUCCCCUCACGAGCCCCCCGUUUCCAUGAUAUCUAUCCAGUCGCCCAGCCCAUCAGCCAUAUCUGCUCUGACUCGUGCUGCACCCCGCCGUUGACCCUCAAUUCGUGCCGACAAAGAGAAGUCAUCCAGCUUCGACGACGCGCAAGCUGGAAACUCAGUCGUCCCGGCACGGGGCACAAGGCACAAAUGCACGCCAUACGGCAAAAAUGUCGUCCGAAACAUCAAGUCCUGAUCCUGAAGUGUUAUCCGAAAACCACUAAGGGUGCUGUUGAUGUGAAGCCCAACUCCAGCGAGCUCAGCUACCUCUUGUACUAUGCGACAACGCGCCGCAGCAAGGUGCAGAAGGUUGGCGCCUUUCUGGAGAAGAAGACGGCCAGCGAUGUAUGGCGAGCACGGAUAGGAAACGUCCAGGUUACGCUGCAGAUCUUUGCGGCUUUGAUAGAGAAAGCUCCCCGCGACCUUCCUCUCUAUGCCCCAUAUGUCCUCAAGAUCCUCAAUAUUAUCCUCCGGUCCCGCGAUAUUACCAUGGUCGAAUCCUCUAUCCCUACGUUCCAGGCAUUUUGCGAAAAUCAUGAUGGAGCGACACUUUCAGCUGAUCAGGAAUAUUUACUUCAAUACGAAGAAAUUGUUCGGAUAUACGCAUCUUUUGCAUCAACAGAGUCGCAAACGAAAGCGCCCCUAAGUGCCCCAGUGGCUAUGCGAUGGAGAAGUGCAGGGCUCCAGGCCAUCAAAAGCGUAGCAUCGUCAGAGGCAUUGGCGUCCCUGGCUGCAAGACAGCUGAGCAUGAUAGUGCCUCUACUUCUGGAGAAUAUAUGGACGGACAAUGAGAGCUAUCUGGACCUUCUCGAGCGCAGGGCUCAGUCGGAGGAAAAGUCAAGUGUAGAGAGAUCGCAGAGACGGAGGCCAAGCGUUGCAACAGUACGGACGGUGGAAAACUCUGGGGAUAACAAUGCUCUUGCCCUCUCUGAGACAACAGCAGACGCAGAUAAACUGGCUGAGGAGGAUAUCGGGGUGCUCGCCAUUCAAUGUCUGAAGCAUAUAUUCGUGGUCAACAACAGGUCUCAAAUCCAUGGAGCAACAGUGGCAGCACUAAAAUUCAUCUCGGAUCGAGUUGCGCAGCAGCAAAAUGUCAUUAGCAAUACUUCCGGCGAUGAGAAUGCUCAUGGAUGGGCGACGAAGAUAUUUGAAAUGAUCGCUCGGUGGACCCCUGUCCAGGAUCGAUAUGUCAUUCUGGUAACUGCCGUGGAUACUCUUGUUCGCAGUCCAUUGGCCGAGGAUAUUCUACAACAGCAAUUGGUCCUGGCGACAAUGGUGGAUUCUCUUCUGAAGUCGGAUAUCAAUUUGAUUGGGCUGAGUGUCAUGGAUGUGCUGCUAGGGUUCAUACAGCAUGUCUUGCGGGUUCUCCAGCUAAGUGGUGCGGUUCCUCAUCUGCAGCAGGACCCUAGCAUGGACGAGGCCAAGUCACCUUCAGAGCUCGACCCUUCCGCUAGAGCUACUGGAGGCCCUGUUGAAGUAGCUCUGGUGUCAACGGAUGUUAGGAAAAAAUUACUGUCUAGACUUCGGCAGUGCAUAGGAGAUCUCGCCACACAUGUCUACUAUGCCGAUCAAAUAUCAGACAUGGUGUCUACAAUCCUCCUGCGGCUUAAGCCCUCUCCACCUACCAGCGGUGCGAAUGCGGCUUCCGCGAGCGAAGAUCCUACUACUGCAACAGCUGCUAUUGCUUCGCUUGGAGACAUGAAGGAAGACUCGAAUACGGAUGAUUUCUUCUCCUUUAAUACGGCAAAGGUCAUGGCUCUCGACGCUAUCAAAGCCAUUCUUCUUGUGGCAAGCCAUCAAAAAAGUAUGGCUGGAGGAAGCCUGGGGAGGAAUCGCGUGCCCGAGAAAAUCUGGGAGGGUACGCAAUGGCUCUUACGGGACCAAGACGGGAGUGUCAGGAAGUCCUACGUGGAUGCGCUCUUGACAUGGUUAGAUAAGGAAAUGUCGAAAUCUGACCUUCGGGUCCUUGAGGAGAGGACGAAAGGUCCAACAAAGCCUGCACGCAACGACUCAACGACGAGUCUCACAAAACGCGCAGUUUCGAAUACAUCUCACAGGGACAAGCCAUCAAAGUUAUCAAAGUCAACCUUCCUCCCGUUGUUACAUCUGGCCAUCUACGAGAAUGCCCUGCAGUAUGUGGAUUACGAAUCUGAUAUUGUUCUCUUGCACCUUCUACUUACCGCUCUGGUUACAAGAUUGGGAGUGAAUGCCGUCAAGGAUGGAUUACCUAUGAUCUUCAGGUUGCAGGAGGAUAUCCUGGAGGCUGAGACCCCGAUGGCCAAGAUUCGACUGGGCAGUCUGUGUCAUGGGUAUUUCUGGACUUUGAGUGAGAAAUUCGACUUUGAGUCGUCACCAGUGGGCAACGCUAUCCAUAACGAGAUUCAUCGCCGGCAGAGUAAGAUGUUCUGGGUCAAUCAAAUUCGGGUGCCUCCGGUACCCCUCAGUCAGGUCGGUACUCCAGGCCGCGCUACACCUGAACAAGCUCUUCCUCAAGAGGAGCUCGAGCAGGAGUCUCUCAGACCAUUCGAUGAUCGGUUCGAGAUGGUCAAGCUCAUCUCGCUCUCCUACGCUGAUUCUCUGGGCUCCCCACUCCCAAGUGCUCCCACGUCCCCUAGCAGAAGCUUCACCCACCCUAUUCUCGCUUCUGAGGCUGCUGCUAUCGAUGAUCAUACCAUGCCAGAAACAAUCAAGGAGCAGAUGAUGUCGGAGUGGAGCAGAGAAGCAGUGGUGGCUGUUCAAGAGAAUAGCAAGGCUGUCUCACUGAACGGUUCGCGCUCGGGUACCAAUGCCACAGGUCACCGGAACUUCUUAGCUGUGAAUGGGAACCUCAACAAUGGGGGCAAUGAGUCACAAUUGCCUCAAGGAAACCAAUCUCCUCUGCAUAGGAGCAGGCCAAAUUCAGCCUAUGGACCUGUAAGCGGACUUGGUUCUGUACGGAAGCCCAGAAAGGAUCAGGGGCAGCCACCUUCCCCUCCCAGCGAGUCGAGCCGUAACUCUGUAACUCGUAUUGACCACUUGAAGCGUGUUCUCUCAGGAGGAAGUCGACCAGGCACCAGAGUGAUUGCAGCACACAGCGAUGGCAGCAGCGAGAGCAUGGUCAGUUACGAUCUUUCGGCCUCUGAAGUGUCCUUCAAUACUCCCAGCUACGUUCAACAAACGCUCCCCCGAAUGGAACGCUCCGCCUCCUUGCGUGAACCCGGUGAUAGAUCGAGAUCCAAAUCUCGGGAUCGCGUAACAUUGACCGAUGAAAGACCCCGUCCUUUGACUUCUCACCCUGUAGCGGGCAAUUCAAGCCCGAUUAUCUCAAAUGGAGAAGAGGAUCUCGAUGCCGUGCCUCCUGUCCCGCCUCUUCCAAGUUCGCUCACGGGUGAAAAGACGGCGGUGCAAGAUUAUGCUGCAACAGAUGCAUUGCGGAAAGGACGAAGUGUGAAACGAAGCACGAAGAGCAGGAGUCGAAGGCAAAGCCCGUGGGGCGAGGAACCGCCAGUGAUGGAUUUGGAAGGCUUAUUAAAGAGAAUCGAGACAGGUGAGGGUGCGGGGUUGAAAGGUAAUGUAGGAAGACCUCCUUAUUGAAGUACAUAAUGGGUCACGGCACAUAUAAAGAAUGGCUU